AAAAAAAAAAAAAAAAGUGCGCUUGCACCCCCCCUCUCAGAUGAUGACAUGAAGGGCUGUAGAAGCGGGGCUAGAACACAUUGGUCUACACCUGUACCGCCCCGCAUAGGGAUGAUGGCAGAGAACUCACACCCCUCACUCCUUCGUCCCAUUCAUUCCUUCAUUCCCUCAUCCCUCCAUCCUCAUUCCCCCCUCCGUCCUUCUUGAGCCUGAGCAUCAUCUCCAUUCCAUUCCAUCCUCACCUUAACCUUCAUUCAUCCUUGCAACACCAUGAAUCUGCCCUCGCCUGACGAGCAGCUGGACCUGCACGGCCCAAGGGCCCAGCUGCCCUUUGAGCAGACCCCACCCCAGUCCCGCGCCGGGAUCAAGUCCUCGCACGAGUCGCUUGAGCAGGACAAGGCCUUAAUUGUUUCCAACGGCAUCAUCACCUCCGGUGGCACCCAGGAUAACACUACUCCUCGUCCUCAGCAGGAGAUUCUGGUCUCGCCUGCGCCUGCACCCGUUGCCACAGCGGUUCAAAGGAGACCAGAUCGGGCGGGAGCGGAAUCAAUCGAUAUUAACAAAGACAGCGAGAUUGAUUCUGCUGCUGUGGCAAUUGCCGCAGUCCGCUCCAACAAGGAGGAGUACCACCUGCAGGACAACGAGGAUGAGAAGUCGGCGGGUGUGGAGGUGUUGUCCCAGGCAGGGCCAGAAUCGAUGGCGGACGUGGACACCCAGGGACAGGAUGGACAUCCGCACUCGACAUCAUUCCUAUCUCGACUCACCCUUCCUUGGUCCCGACCCAAGGCCCACUCUGCCAAGGACACAGCGCCUUCUCUCUCGUCCACUUCCUCUCAGUUUCCUCCUCAUCACUCGCACUCGACUUCGCCGAUGCACAACCGAGCCGUAUCCCCGCAGUCACGACCGUUGCACACUGGUGGUACCUUUGCCAACAGCAGCAUCGCCUUGGACUCGCGUGAGCUCCCUCCUAUCAAACCAACUCGAUUCGAGAAUAUGAUGGUCAUCUUCAAGCGCUUCAUGGGCUUUGUUGGUCCUGGGUACAUCAUUAGUGUCGGAUACAUGGACCCUGGUAACUGGGCGACUGAUCUGGCGGGUGGUUCCAGCUUUGGGUACAUGCUCCUGUUUGUCAUUCUGCUCUCAAACCUGAUGGCUGUUGUCCUCCAAGGUCUCGCCGUCAAAUUGGGCGUAGUCUCUGGCCUGGAUUUGGCUCAAGCGUGCCGCAAGUUCCUGCCCAGGUACGUGAACUUGAUCCUUUACGUGCUCGCAGAACUGGCGAUCAUUGCCUGCGAUCUAGCCGAGGUCAUCGGAUCCGCUAUCGCCUUGAACCUCCUGUUCAAGAUCCCGUUGCCCUGGGGCGUGGUGAUCACCGCCGCAGAUGUACUCAUCAUCCUCUUCGCGUUCCGGGACGAUCAGUCUGUCAAGUCCCGUCGACUCUUCGAGGCCCUCGUCAUUGUGUUGGUCUCGACUGUCGGUGUGUGCUUCUCGGCCGAGAUUGCUUAUGCACAGCCCGUGGCCAAGGAUGUGUUCAAGGGGUUCCUGCCGAAUAUCGAGAUCCUAAAGAACCAGGAGGCAUUGUAUCUGGCGAUCGGAAUCAUUGGUGCGACGGUCAUGCCCCAUAACCUAUACCUGCAUUCGAGCAUUGUCAAGCUCCGGACGAGUAAGGAGCUGAACAAGUUGGCAAGCAGUCAGGCAUCGAUGUCGUCGACACAGGAUCUGAUGACGACGGAGCAGCGGCAGACGAUGGCUGAGGAGGAUAAGGGGUCGGUGUCGAUGAAGCAUUCGACAAUUGUGACGACGUUGAGGUAUACGUUUGUGGACUCGACCGUGGCCUUGACGUUUGCGUUGUAUGUGAAUUCUGCAAUCUUGAUUGUCUCAGCGGCGACGUUCAAGUACAAGUAUCCGGAUCAGGAUACCUCGGGACUUGCGGAUUUCUUUGACGCGUUCCAUUUGCUGUCGCAGUAUUUGGGCAAGGCUGCGGGAUACGUCUUUGCGGUCGCGUUGCUCAUGGCCGGUCAAUCCUCGACCCUGACGGCGACGUUGGCGGGACAAAUCAUCAUGGAGGGAUUCUUGGGGGCUUCGUAUUUGAAACCCUGGGUGAGGAGGCUUUUGACGAGAUGCCUGGCGAUUAUCCCCGCGUUGGUGAUUGUGAUCAUCAAGGGGAAGAGCGGACUGAGCGAGCUGUUGUUGGCAAGUCAAGUGGCGCUGAGUAUUCAGUUACCGUUCGCAGUGAUCCCCUUGGUGUUGUUCACAAGCAUGGGACGGUGUAUGACGAUCCCGGUGCAGGAUAAUGAUGAUAAACCCGGGGAGCUGAGGUAUGGUUUCGAGCAGGACGAUACCAAGGCGGUGAACACGCCCGUGCCCGCGGUCGAGGACAGGAACGAUGAAUGUGUGCAUCCGGCGCGCGAUGAGGAGCAUCAUGCAGAGUCGACGGUCGAUCGCGCUCGGAUGGAAGCUGGGGCUCCUCCUGCUGCUGGAACAGGGCCGAUGCUGCUGCUGCACAAUUUUGCGAACCCGUGGUGGCUGGUCAUCAUCUCGGUGUUGAUUAGCGUGGUCCUGCUAUGCCUGAACUUUUAUCUACUUGUCCAGACUAUCCGAGGCGAAUAGACAGCAUCCAGCUCAUGGUUUUCCAUCCCUUUUUCAAAGGGGGACAAUUAGAGAAAUACUCUUUAUGGGCUUUCUACAGCCAAUGUGGAGAGCUAUGUAAAUAAAACGGUGUGAGUACUUUAUGCGGGUGUUUCAUGUAUUUGGCAUGGACCCUGACUCGUUCGCUAGUCUAGUCUAAGGCGUCUUAUGAAACUAAACAGGAACUAAGGU